AUGCAGCGGCGGGAGGAAGAGGAAAGAAAAAAAGAUGGAGAGAAACAGAAGAAAGAAGGGAUGUCGGCUGGGGUGGGAGAAAAGAAAAAGAAAAGAAGAAUUGUAAUAAAUAAUACAAUUAUACACACAUUACACAAGAAGGCACAUCAGUCCAGUGGCAAUUUAAUGAAAUCGGUCCGGUUCGGGUUUCGCCGGUUUAAAAAAAUUCAAACCGGUUCACACUCGGGUCGGCAGACCAACCCGCCAAAACCGGUCCGGUUCGGCUGGUUCGGUCGGCGUUUCUUGCCAUUAGAGUUCGGUUUUGAUCCAACACGUAUAGGACAUGCACUUGAACCUGGAAGAGUUACAUUUGAUGAGAAAACGAUAGUGAGAAUGACAAUUCAAGAUGCUCAACUCCCUUUCACUUAUGUAUGUGGCGCCGCCUUCGCCAGCUACUUUGCCGGCAACCUUUCUCAGAUGGGAACACUCUUCCCUCCAAAGGAAAAAGUGCUUAUUUAUGGAGAUGGUAACAUUAAAGGCAAAAAUUAA